GACUAUCUCUGCAUAUUGGAUGAACUGCAGCCACGUCCUCAUUAGUUCUAUUUUCUUGAAAAUCAAAUCAUUUUCUUUGCUAUGGCUUUCUACCCAAUUCUUUGCACCUUCUUCCUCUUCAUCUUUAUGGUAUUGAGGAUAUGGAAGAAAUCAAAAACCAACCACUCAAACCCUAAUCUUCCACCAGGGCCAUGGAAGCUACCCUUAAUAGGUAGCAUCCACCAUUUAGUUGGCUCUCUGCCCCAUCUUCGCCUUAGCGAUUUGGCCCGAAAGCACGGACCUCUUAUGCAUCUUCAACUGGGGGAGCUUACUAAUAUCGUGGUUUCUUCGCCUGAAAUCGCUAAACAAGUGAUGAAAACCAACGACACCAACUUUUCGCACAGGCCUUAUCUGGUUGCUGCAAGUAUUGCAACUUAUAACUAUUCCGACAUCGCAUUUGCACCCUACGGAGAUUACUGGAGACAAAUGCGAAAAAUUUGCAUGCUCGAGCUAUUAACUGCAAAACGCGUGAAGUCGUUUAGAUCAAUCAGGGAAGAAGAAGUAUCAAAACUUAUAAGAUCAUUAACGUCUUCAUGUGGUGAAGGAUCAUUGAUCAAUCUUAGCAAAAUGGUCAAUGCUAUGACCUAUAGCAUUAUUUCGAGAGCAGCGUUUGGCAAAAUAUGGAAGGGAGAAGAAAUUUUCAUCCCAACUGCGAAGAAACUGUUAGAGGGAUCUGAAGGAUUUACUCUGGCUGAUAUGUAUCCUUCAGUCAAAUUACUUCACUGGAGCAAUAUGGUGCGUAAGCUUAAGGAACUUCAAGGAAUAGCAGAUAACAUAUACCAAAACAUCAUUGAUGAUCACAGAAGUAGAAGAGCAGCAGAAGCCAAAUCACGAACUUAUGAUGAGGAAGAUUUUGUUGAUGUUCUUCUCAACUGUCAGGAGCAAGGAGACCUUCCUAUCCCUAUAACAGACGACAAUAUCAAAGGAGUCCUCGCGGACACUUUCAUUGCCGGAAGUGAGACAUCAUCUACGACAAUAGAAUGGGCAAUGUCGGAAUUGGUAAAAGAUCCAAAAGUGAUGGAAAAGGCGCAAGAAGAAGUGAGGAGGGUCUUCGCAGCACAAGGAAAUGUGGACGAAUCUCGCAUUCAAGAACUCACCUACUUAAAUAUGGUAAUCAAAGAAACUCUAAGAUUGCACCCUCCUCUUCCAUUAUUAGUUCCAAGAGAAUGUGGAGAGAACUGCGUGAUUAAUGGUUAUGACAUUCCAGCCAAAUCUAAAGUAAUUGUGAAUGCAUGGGCCAUUGGAAGAGAUCCUAAUUACUGGAACGACGCGGAUCAAUUUUGUGCAGAAAGAUUUCAGGAUUGCUCAAUUGACUAUAAGGGGACUAAUUUUGAGUUUCUUCCAUUUGGUGCUGGAAGAAGGAUAUGUCCAGGAAUGUUGUUCGGCAUUUCGAAUGUGGAGUUUCCACUUGCACAGUUGCUUUACCAUUUUGAUUGGAAACUGCCUUCAGGAGUGAAACCAGAAACUCUCGACAUGGAAGAAGCUUUUGGUGCCGUUGCAAAGAGGAAAAAAGAUCUCCACUUACUUCCUACGCUAUACAUUACUUGAGUCGCCGAGUAAAUUGUAAUGAUGUUUCUUUCAGGAAUAAUAAACGCAUGGUUGUCAUACGUAAGUCUUUUUUAUGAAAUUGUAAUGAUGUUUCUUUCAGGAAUAAUAAAUUAAGACAAAUGAAAUAAAUUAGGAAAAUAUAGUCUGUCCAAAAUCCAAUCUGAUUCUUUAGUUAAUUGGGGUCGUAUCUU